AUGGCUCACAUCAAAACCUGUGGUUCGGUGUCAAUUGGUCGCCCAAACCCACAAGAUGACUUCAGACACGAACCUGCAGUCAUAAGUCUUGCUGGAGAGCAUUACUUCUUCAGUGGUCCCAAAAGAAGCUAUGGACGGGUACACGAGAACGCCUCCGAGCCCACGACCAUCGAUUAUGAUCAUGAAUAUGGAGGGAGAAGCUCUGAGUACCUUAUUCUCGGCCCAAACAAGCGAUUCUUUCGAUGCUCUCGUUCUUGGACAGGAAGAAUUGCCGCUCGGAACACUGGUGACUUCGAGGACUACGAAGAAAUUGGCGACCUCUUCCAUAUCCAUGAUGUCGAACGCCCACCAUUCCUCUAUCUUGGUCCCGACAAGACCUUCUACACUCGCGUAGCAGACGGCACUGAGAAGUGGAAUCUGUCUCCUGAGAUCGUCCGUAACGGUCUUCAGGUCACUCCUCAAGCGACAGUAUCUGGAGUGAAGAGCCUGUGGCUCGGUGUCGGCGGAGCAUGGGUUGCCCAAUACGGAGAUGAUCGCUUCCGUUUUGACCUUAAGGGCCAGUAUGCGAGCCUUGAAGCCACAUUACGAAGAAAGCAGGAAGAAGAAGUCGUCAUCGCCGCAUUGGCUUUGAAUGUCACUGACGGAAGCUCAUAUGCGUGUGUAUUUGAAGACGGCACUCUAAUCUACGAGGCUGGGCCAGCCGCUUUUGAUGGCAAAGAGUUUGAACGUUGGUGCGAGAAUAACUUCGACUUUCCUCAGAAGGUCAAUUACUAUUAA